GGGGUGAGAGGGCGGAUGGAGAAGGAGGAGUAUGGGUGCGCACAGCGCGAGUUUGGUGCGCGGGCAUGGAGCAGCGGUGAAACUGAUCCCAGCUGCCGCCUUGGAGGGGAAUGAGAGCUAUUCCUGUCCCCCUGUGGGCUGGUCACGUGUCCUCCGGGGAGCGUUUGGCUUGGGGACCACGUCGGGAGAGAGUGUAAGCGCACCGUUGCGCACAGCUGAGUUGGAGAGCAACAACAUCCUCGAGAAGCGUUGACGGUCUGACGCGGAGGAACCACGACCAGUUUUGUUUUGGGGCGUAGUCAUAAUAAUAAUAAUAAUACUCUCCACGGGGUCUACUCACCGCUGCUACUACGUGGGUGAUCCCUAAGUCACUGCUUCGUUAAAACUUCCCAGUGCAACUGUAAUCUCCACGGCGAGCUUCUUCUCCUUCUUCCUCCUCUUCAAGUCGACAUCCAGAGCUGUCACGGCAAGCGGAGGUAACUGGCCAGCUUCCGUGGGAUUUGAUGUUACCUUUAGAUUGGUUUAACUGAAGAUGGAAACACUGGAGUCUGAGCUGACGUGCCCGAUCUGCCUGGAGUUGUUUGAAGAUCCUCUGCUCUUGCCCUGUGCCCACAGCCUUUGCUUUAACUGUGCCCACCGCAUCCUGGUGUCUCAUUGCUCCACCAGCAAACCCCUCGAGUCCAUCUCCGCCUUUCAGUGCCCCACGUGUCGUUACGUCAUCACGCUGAAUCACCGCGGGCUGGAGGGCCUUAAGCGCAAUGUGACGUUGCAAAACAUCAUUGACCGCUUUCAAAAGGCCUCCCUCAGCGGCCCCAAUUCCCCCACUGAGAGCCGGCGGCUGCAGACGCAGCGGCCCUACACCGCCACCAUUAGUGGCACAAUAGCUGGAACGAUUGGUGGCGGCGGCGGCGGCGGUGGAACAGGUGGAGGAAGUGCCCGUGGCAGCCCAGCUACUUCCAGCCACUCCCACCCGCACGCCAACCACACCAAUCACGCCAACCACACGAACGCAAACCACAGCCCAGCUGUUGUGGUGAAGAUGGAUCCAAGGAUCAGCUGCCAGUUCUGUGAACAGGAUCCGCCUCGCGAGGCUGUUAAGACGUGUGUUACGUGUGAGGUGUCGUACUGCGACCGAUGCCUGCGUGCAACACACCCGAACAAAAAGCCCUUCACCAGCCACCGCCUGGUGGAGCCAGUACCAGACACUCACCUCCGGGGCCUGACCUGCCUGGAACACGAGAACGAGAAGGUCAACAUGUACUGCUUGGUGGAUGACCAGCUUAUCUGUGCCCUCUGCAAGUUGGUGGGUCGUCAUAGAGACCACCAGGUGUCCUCGCUCACAGAUCGCUUUGACAAGCUCAAGGCUUAUCAGGUGAGCCCGGGCAGAGUGUCAGAUGCAGUAAUGGAGGCUUCAAAGACAAGCGCUGCGCAAACUCUGGAGAACAACCUGACCAACCUGGUGAAGAGGAACAGUGAACUGGAGAAUCAAAUGGCCAAGCUCAUUCAGAUCUGCCAGCAGGUUGAGGUAAAUACAGCCAUGCAUGAAGCUAAGCUGGUGGAGGAGUGUGAUGAGCUGGUGGAAAUCAUCCGCCAGAGAAAACAAGUCAUCGCUGUCAAGAUCAAAGAGUCCAAGGUGAUGAAACUGCGCAAGUUGGCUCAGCAGAUUGCAAACUGCCGCCAAUGCUUGGAGCGCUCCAGUGCCCUCAUCACCCAGGCUGAGCAGAGCCUGAAAGAGAACGACCAUGCACGCUUCCUUCAGUCUGCCAGGAACGUGGCAGAGAGGGUAGCGAUGGCGACAGCCUCCUCCCAGGUACUCAUCCCUGAUGUGAACUUGAAUGAAGCAUUUGAUAACUUUGCUCUUGACUUUUCCCGAGAGAAGAAGAUAUUAGAGGGUCUAGAUUACCUAACAGCGCCCAACCCGCCAUCCAUCAGGGAUGAACUGUGCACCGCCUCCCAUGACACCAUCACCGUUCACUGGACGUCAGAAGACGAGUUCAGCGUCACCUCAUAUGAGCUGCAGUACACCAUCUACACUGGCCAGACAAAUUUCAUCAGUCUGUACAACUCAGCAGACAGCUGGAUGAUUGUACCGAACAUCAAGCAGAACCACUACACGGUGCAUGGCCUGCAGAGUGGCACCCGUUAUAUCUUCUUCGUCAAGGCUAUCAACCAGGCGGGAAGCCGCAACAGUGAGCCGGCCCGCCUCAAAACCAACAGUCAGCCUUUCAAGUUAGACCCGAAGACCGCCCACAAGAAGCUUCGCCUGUCCAACGACUGCCUGACCAUGGAGAAGGACGAGAGCUCGCUGAAGAAGAGCCACACGCCAGAACGGUUCAGCGGCACCGGCUCGUAUGGAGCUGCCGGGAACGUCUUCAUUGACAGCGGUUGCCACUACUGGGAGGUGCUGCUGGGAGCAUCCACAUGGUAUGCCAUCGGCGUUGCUUACAAAUCAGCUCCGAAAAAUGAGUGGAGCGGCAAGAACUCGUCCUCGUGGGUGUUCUCGCGCUGCAACAACAACUUCAUGGUGCGGCACGAUGGUAAGGAGAUGCUGGUGGAGGCGAGCCUGCAGCUGCGGCGGCUCGGCGUCCUCCUGGACUACGACAACAAUUCGCUGUCCUUCUACGACGCCAUGAAUUCCCAGCACAUUCAUACUUUCGAAAUCUCCUUCCUCCUGCCUGUUGUACCCACUUUUAUGAUCUGGAACAAGUCAGUCAUGAUUCUCUCAGGACUACCUGUCCCAGAUUUUGUCGAUGGGGUGGCUACAGAUCUCCAAGAGCAGCAGCAGCAGCAAAUGGGUCUGUGUCGACAGGAAUCGCCGUACUUGACGGGGAUGAAAACCUGCCACUGACUAAGCUUGUGACAGAAGAGUGGAUUAGGACCUGACAGACACUGACGGCUUGACUGAGCUUUGCUCUGAUCCUCAAGAAGGAAUCGGUUACUGUUUGAAAGCGUUGGAAAAUGUUGCUCCUGUUAGUUUGUAGCCACUCUGUGUUUUGCAUAUUCAUUUAGCUUAUAGGAAAGGUCUGUUUGACUGAAAAGAUCAAUGCAUUUUAAGUUCAUCAAAUGCCCUGCAGUCACUGUCAAAGGCAACUUGAGCAGGGCGGGAUUCCUGGUUUUCAGAACCAUUUUAGGUCCGUCUGUUUUUAUUUACUUUUCUUCUUUUGACCCCUGGGCAGGAGAUCAAGGUGAAAAUCGUUCAAGUUUAAAGUUGCAGGAUAGAACUAGCGGGAUUAAGUCUCAUGAAUUUAAUCAUGAAAAGUUUUAUUUUUAAAUUGUGAAGUUUUGUGCAACAGGAGCAAAUAUAGCAUCAUACCACAAACAGGUGCAUCUUAGUAAAUUAUAACACCACACUUUAAAAAGUUAAAAUAAUUCUAGAAACAUAAAUGUCUGCCGCCUCCUCCUGGAGCAGUGAGCGGCAUGAAAUGGAUGGCUGCAGAUUUCUUCCCCAUUCUCAUUCUGCCCAUUUUCUCUCAUUACUGUAGAUAAUCUUUAAUAGCUUUAAUAAAUAUAUAUUUUUGGCCUCCUGAGAAGAAAUGCAUUGUAAUGCAUAUUUGAACUCAGCUCAUCUGAUUUGUUGGGCCUGAUAUUUAUCAUCUUCCUCUAAACCUAAAGCCAACAGUAAUUAAGUCGUAUGGAUUUCAAAGUUUGCUCAGCCACCAAAUCAUCACUGUGGAGCUUUAGAGAUGACCUCAGUAAAACGUCUGAUUUCAGGUUUUUUAUUUUUUAGUUUUUAAUUACCGGAAUAAAUUCUCCAACAUCAAUUACAACACUGAUGUUAUAAUUCACUGUGACACACCUGUAUAGUACAGCUUCCAGAAAAUAAGCAUAUUCUUCCACACACAAAAAGAUUACCUUUUUUGUUUGUUUGUUUUGGUAAUACAGGAUUUGGAUGCAAAUUUAUAACACUGAUUUGAAGAAGUGAUUGCAAUUUACUUGUAAAUACUUGUUUUCUGUGUCCUUGGUAGCUGUAACUUAGCUUUCCUAAACCCUUCUCCUUGUUCUUCCUCUUAGAUUUAUCCCACCAGCCCUGUUUGUGUGAGUGGGUUCAAACUUCCAGGUUCCAGGAAGCUUUAACGUUGCUCCCAGAUUUUGUUUCUACAACAUCACAGGGAGCAGAUUUGCAUCAUGUGACUACUCUAGUUGUAAGACAAGAGACUUAUUGGACACAAGAAAAUAAAAGUAGUAUUUAUAGAAAGGAAGAUGGUUUAACUUUAUUUUAACUUUACAAAAUAUUCAUGAUGCACUUUUUGAACUUGACAUUAUUUGCCCUCUGUGUUGUAAAGUAGAGCUAGAAGUGAGUGGCAGGUUAUAAUGGGGAGGAUAAGUGAAAGAAAACACUGUGUUAAAUUAUAUCUAUUAUUAAAAUGAGUAUGGUGCAGCAAAAUGCUGACAACUUUGCAGGCAACUCUUAUUGUUGCCCAGGGCAAAACAUAACAAUAAAAAAAUGUUUAAUUCCUCAUUGCACUUUGAAACAGCAUACAGUAAAGUUAGCUUUCUUUGGAAAAGGGAUGUGAUUUUUAUCUAAAUGGUGAUAAAUUAACAACUUUUGUUUUAUUCUGAUAUUAAGUUUUCAGGGCUGAAGAGGGUUAACACUUGCUAUUUGUUGCAGUGUCACGGCAUGACUGUGUUUUCCUCCGCAUAUGUGCACAUUUUAACACCACAUAACGCUCUGAGUCACAAACAGUGCAUGCAGCAUUAUCAGAUCACAGGAGCUCACUGGGAAGUUCACUACAUGUAGUUUCAUUGGUCAUCGUACAGCAGAUUAACUCCAGUUAUUCUUCGCUAUUCACAUUUAGUUAUAACUCAAGGUGUUCAUAAGUUGUUUUUUUUUUAUUUAUUUUUUUUGUUUGUUUCAUUGUAUGGUUAGGUUUCAAGGCUUAGUGUGGGUGACUGUUUCCUCUGGUUUGACAUUCAGGUAGCAGUGCUGACCCAGACAAUCAAUGUGUAUUAUACUGUAGUUUAGGCAGAUUAAAGAGGUUGCACGGAGGAAAAAGCUGACAAAAAACUGACACUGGAUGUUGGGUAAAUGAAAAAAUAUAUAUAUGUAUGUAGUCUUUUAAAACUGAUAUGAGACCAUAUGAGAAUUUUGCAUUGACUCUCAUAAAUCAUUUCUAUUCUGGCAACUUUUGAUGUCAUUGUGUCCGAAAGUCUGAGACAUCAAGCUUUUAAAUGUCGCAGACAUUUAAAAGCUUGAAUGGUUUAAGACAUUUAAACCAUUUAAACAUUGGUUUAAAUGUUUUCCCAUCUCAUGUAUUUAAAAGGGUUUUAGUUGAUUUUAUGGAACCACAAACAUCCAGCAGUUUACCAACCAGCUGUUCAAGAGUUGUCAGAAUUGCUCCGAAUGAGCGAUCAUUUAAAGAAUGCCUUGAUGGUUAGAGUCGACCCACUAUACAUACAGCAGAGUGGGAAUUCUGUCAGGCUUCUGCUAAGUUUCUUUUGAUUUUCAAAUAUCCAUCAGUCUUGUUAAAUAAUGUCUUUUCACAGACUUGACCGCGCAUUGAUUUGGGAGGACGAGCUCAGUGUGUGUACUUGGCCAGGUUACUGCAUGAAUAUGUGACCUUGUUGAAGGUUCAGAAAAGUUUUUCUAUCAAAUCAAACAUUCAAUCUUUGUUUAUUGUUAUUUUUUGUUUUUAAGGUAGAAAGAAACGAGACAACUACACAAAGCUGUCAUCGCCGUGCAUAUCAGAUUGUUUGCAGUGCUUCUUUUUUGUGUCACAAGUCAGUACAGUAAAAUAUAUUUACGGUGAAUGACUUUCAAUAGCUUCCCACUCCUUGUAGUGCCGUGUUUAUACCCUAGAAACAAUGCAAUAGAUUCUUCUUUUUGCUUUCCUUUUCAGUAGCUUUGGGACAUUUUUUGUUUUUUCUUUUAUACAAUGGAAAAGAAAAGUGCUCCUCUCCUUCAUGGCACUGGGACCUUAAAAAGCAGCACAAACAGAAUGGCUUUGCCUUCAUGCAAUGCUUUCUGUUUCCAUAGAUAUAACUGAAAUACUUUUAGCCAGAGAGGAAUGUAAAUCAGAGGGGGAAAUAUAUAUUAUAUAAAGUUGUAUAAUGUACAAAAUAUAUAUGAACCAAUGUUAUUUAUGUGAAUUUGAGUCCAAUAAAAAGUCUGAUC